AUGAUUGUAGGUAGAAGCCAUGUUGAUGUUGCAGUUUCUUAUAAUAACAUUGGUGGAGUGUAUUAUAGAAAAGGUGACCUCGACCAGGCUAAGGAUUAUUACCAACGAGCACUGGAAAUUGAAGAGAAACAGCUAGGCCCAACCAUGUUGAUGUUGCAGUUUCUUAUAACAACCUUGGCCUAGUGAAUUAUGAUAAAGGUGACCUGGACCAGGCUAAGGAUUAUUACCAACAAGCACUGGAAAUUGAAGAGGAACAGCUAGGUCCAAACCAUGUUGAUGUUGCAGUUUCUUAUAACAACCUUGGCCUAGUGUAUUAUGAUAAAGGUGACCUGGGCCAGGCUAAGGAUUAUUACCAACGAGAACUGGAAAUUCGAGAGAAACAGCUAGGUCUAUACCAUGUUCAUGUUGCAUUUUCUUAUAAUAACAUUGGCCUAGUGUACAGUAAAAAAGGUGACCUGGACCAGGCUAAGGAUUAUUACAACGAGCACUGGAAAUUGAAGAAAAACAGCUAGGUCCAAACCAUCUUGAUGUUGCAGUUUCUUAUAAUAACAUUGGUGAAGUGUAUUAUAAUAAAGGUGACCUGGACGAGGCUAAGGAUUAUUACCAGCGAACACUGGAAAUUGAAGAGAAACAGCUAGGUCCAAACCAUGUUGAUGUUGCUGUUUCUUAUAACAACAUUGGCCGAGUGUACAGUAAAAAAGGUGACCUGGACCAGGCUAAGGAUUAUUACCAACGAGCACUGGAAAUUCAAGAGAAACAGCUAGGUCCAAACCAUGUUGAUGUUGCAGUUUCUUAUAAUAACAUUGGCCUAGUGUACAGGAAAAAAGGUGACCUAGACCAGGCUAAGGAUUAUUACCAACGAGCACUUGAAAUUAAAGAGAAACGGCUAGGUCCAAACCAUGUUGAUGUUGCAGUUUCUUAUAACAACCUUGGCCUAGUGUAUUAUGAUAAAGGUGACCUAGACCAGGCUAAGGAUUAUUACCAACGAGCACUGGAAAUUCAAGAGAAACAGCUAGGUCCAAACCAUGUUGAUGUUGCAAUUUCUUAUAAUAACAUUGCUGGAGUGUAUUAUAAAAAAGGUGACCUGGACCAGGCUAAGGAUUAUUACCAACAAGCACUGGAAAUUGAAGAGGAACAGCAAGGUCCUAACCAUGUUGAUGUUGCAGUUUCUUAUAAUAACAUUGGUGGAGUGUAUUAUAAAAAAGGUGACCUGGACCAGGCUAAGGAUUAUUACCAACGAGCACUGGAAAUUGAAGAGAAACAGCUAGGUCCAUGA